ACCUUCCCUCUGCAAUGACCAAACCCUAGCCUUCUUCCUGUUUCCCUUAGUUGCUCAUGAACUGAACUCCAAUGCGAGGUUUGAGUCGAUCUGUUGCACCAAGCUUCGAGCUUUCAAUCUCUUGGUUCAACAAUGGACGUGUUGAAGGACAAUCUGGAAGAGGUAGAGAUUGGGAGCUCAGUGGAUUCGAUUCAAAAUUUAUUGGAGUCGCAAAGAGAGCUUUUCCACAGCCAGACCGAUCAGCUCCGGAAUGUGGUCGUCAAACAAUGUCAGCUUACCGGCGUCAACCCUCUUGCUCAGGAAAUGGCGGCUGGAGCUCUGUCAAUCAAAAUAGGCAAACGGCCUAGAGAUUUACUAAAUCCUAAGGCUAUAAAGUACAGGCAAGCAGUUUUUGCUAUUAAGGAUGCAAUUAGUAAGAAGGAAAGCCGUGAAAUCAGUGCUCUAUUUGGUGUUACAGUUACAUAGGUUUUUGUUUAUUCAUCAAUUGGUUCUUACUUUUAUAUAUCUAAAAAUAUACCUGCAAUCCAUUGUUGCUAAAAUGUUAUCUCUAACUUCAUUCCAUUGAGCCCAUGAGCCAUAUUUUGCUUAAAAUAAUCAUUUAGUCAUGCUAGCUGUUGUCUUUUCAGGUCUGUUUGCCUGUCUCUACUUCUCUUUUGAUUUAACAUCCCUUUUUCUAAUUAAACCAUCUUGAGGUUAAUGCAUUUUCAUUAUUCAUUCAUUUUAAUUUGCAGGUGCGUGAUUUUUUUGCUAAUCAACGCACCAGAGUGAGAAAGCAAGCUCAGUUGUCAAGGGAGAAGGCCAUUAGAUAUGGACUCACAGGAGACCCAUUGGAGAAAUCCAAAAUCUCUAAUACUAUGGUAACUCUUGAUCAAAACCUAAAAUCGGAGAAAUUCAGAACCUCUAAUAGGGUGGAAACUCUUGAUCAAAUCCAGAGAAUGGACUCAUGGGAAGCCUCAUGGGAGAAAUACAUGAAGGUUCAAAUCCCAUGGCAGACACCACCAGGUACCAUUGCUUUAAGCGUUUCUUUGUUGGUUCCUUUAGCUGUUUGCCGUUAACAUUAGUGUUGAAAGAGUAAUUUUACCACAGAACGGUGGAGAGUAUUUAGAUCAUCAAAAUUUAAGCAGAAGUAUGUUGUGAGUCAUGCCUGCAACUGCCUUGGGGAGAUUUAAAUUAUGUCUUUUCAACCCCAGAUGAUAAC